AUGGCCGACUUUGGCGCAUACCCGCCGAAUAUGGCGCCCCAAGAUGCCCUCAUCGUCCGACAGGAAGCCGAGCCGGACCACGCAGUCGUGCCCUACACUGGUGAAGACCUCGCGCGACCAAAGGUCGGACCCGCCAACCCUUUUCGCGACGAGGUCUCCCACCCGUCUCUCAAGCGAAAGAACGUGCUCACCGGAUACGCGACCGAGACAUACCUUGGCGAGCAUGCCUUCCGAGCCAAACACCGCGCGGUAGAACGCGGCGAGGGUCCAGAAAGGGAAGACAAGAGCGGCAAGCAGAUCAAGGAAGAGGCUGCUGCCAUCCGGGCUAAGAGAGAGGGCAAAGGCAGCGCACUCAUCGCAGAGGGCGACGGCGAGUACAAAGGGCCCUGGGCAAAGUACAAGAGGACUGAAUACGAGGAGGUCGACGAAGAGGCGGAACUGGGCAGCGACGAGGAGUACGAGAUUGUCUACGAGGAUGAAGAUGGCGACGACGUGAUCGAGAGCGGCGCCGUGGUCGCUGCACCCACAGAAGCGUUGGCAAGGCGGAAAGCAGUCGAGGAGCUGGGCGACGAGACCACGACGUUCCACGGCGAAAGCGAGUACGACUACCAGGGCCGGACGUACAUGCAUGUCCCGCAAGAUCUGGACAUCGACCUGCGAAAGGAGCCGGGCAGUGUCACCAAUUACAUUCCCAAGAAGAUGGUGCACACAUGGAAGCACCACACCAAGGCGGUCACGUCGCUGCGAUUCUUCCCUCACAGUGGCCACCUGUUGUUGUCGGGCUCGGCGGACACGACCAUCAAGAUUUGGGACGUCUACCACCAAAAGGAGCUCUUGCGGACGUUCUCUGGCCACUCCAAGGCGGUAUCAGAUCUGUCUUUCAACAACGAUGGCACGAGGUUCCUGUCCGGGUCGUAUGACAGGCAGAUGAAGCUCUGGGACACCGAGACCGGAAAGUGCAUCAGCAAAUUCAGCACUGGCAAAACCCCCCAUUGCCUGGUCUUCAACCCGACAGCUGAGCACGGCCACGAGUUCCUGGCUGGCAUGUCCGACAAGAAGAUUGUUCAGUUCGACACGCGUGCAGGCAACGAGACUGUCCAGGAGUACGACCACCAUCUGGCGGCCAUCAACACCAUCACCUUCACGCAAGACGGCGACCGGUUUAUGACCACGUCGGACGACAAGUCGCUGCGCGCAUGGGACUACAACAUCCCCGUCCCUAUCAAGUACAUCGCCGAGACGUACAUGUACCCGAUGACACGAUCCGCCUUGCAUCCUUCUGGAAAAUACGUUGCUUACCAAUCUUCCGACAACCAAAUUGUGGUAUACAAUGCCAACGAUAAAUUCCGCCAGAACCGGAAGAAGAGCUACCGCGGACACAACAACGCAGGAACGGCUAUCGACAUCGACAUCAGUCCCGAUGGGCAGUUUAUCGCCAGUGGUGACACGGCGGGAUAUCUUGUCUUCUGGGACUGGAAGACAUGCAAGAUGUACCACAAGAUCGAGACGAAGGACCCCAUCACGUGCGUGAAGUGGCACCCCCAGGAGACCUCCAAGCUGGUAUCAGCUGGAGCAGAUGGAGUUAUUCGGUAUUGGGACUAG